UUAUUGUAACCACUUAACAUCAGCUGACCGCAUCAAUGAUGAGAAUAUUCGAUAUCGGUCGAUGGUUGUCUACAGCCUAAAUGCCCUGAUGCCAAAUACACAUUUGACAUUACACUAUGCGUGAUACCUAGUUAAGUUAGAACGUCUGUUAGCGACGUUCAUAUGCCGGUUAAAAUUACUGUAUUGUGAAUGUAUAUUACCUAUUCAUAAUUUUUUAAUUUUCAUUAACAAAAGGUUAAAUUAAACACGGCUUGUUUAAACAACUACCUGAGGUACCGUUCAUAUCAUAGACUGGAUAUAUAUGAAUGAGUUUUAGUGUUAAUCUAUUGACGAAGAUAGUUCGCCGAUUAUCAUAUAAUUCAAUGGCGGAUUAUAACGUUGCACAAAAACGGAUCGAGUAUCUAGGAAAAAAUCAAGUGUUGCACGAGCAUGAAUUGGAAUCGCAUGACCCUUUAAAACUAUUUAAAGUAUGGUUCCAAAAAGCUGAUUCAAACAAAAUGAUUAGAGAGCCGAAUGCAGCUUGCUUAGCCACGGCCACAAAAGAUGGCGUUCCGUCUGCGAGGUUUGUUUUGCUUAAAUAUUUUGAUAGUUCUGGUUUCACGUUUUUCACAAAUUCCGAUAGCCGUAAAGGCAGAGAACUGGAGGAAAACCCCAGGGCUGCAAUGACGUUUUACUGGGAUCAAAUGGACCGAUCGGUACGAAUUGAAGGCCGUGUAGAGAAAAUGCAGCCUGGUGAUUCGAGCGUAUAUUUUAGUUCGAGACCUAGAGCCAGUCAGAUAGGAGCACAUGUCAGCCGCCAAAGUACAGUGAUCGCCAGCAGGGAAUAUUUGGAAAAAUUAACCGAACAAAUUGAAGCCAAAUACAAAGACAAGGAGGUUCCCAAACCUGAUUAUUGGAACGGUUACAAGAUAAUCCCGCAUAGUAUAGAAUUUUGGCAAGGGCAGUCGGAUAGACUUCAUGACCGUAUACAAUUUAUACGUUCUGAAGACGUUGGAGAACAUAACAAAGACGUUUGUCAAAAGGGAGAGAACGGCUGGGUGUUUUACCGGUUGUCUCCUUAACAAGAUGAACUCCUGUUAUAUAAAUAUUCCAUAAUCGCUUGUCUUCCGACUUCCGUAAAAUGUAGUAUAGAUAUUAUGUUAUGAAGUUAAUACUAUUAAUUUUAGUGAUUAGUAUAAAACAACUUUAUAAAAUCAGUGUAUAUUCAUUAUUCAACCAUACCGUUUAAUGUUCUGUAAACUAUUAAAAACAAACUAUUGUGUACACAUAAGACUGUUAGAAUUAUUAUAAGCUGUAUUAUAAAAGCUUAACGGCCUUACUAAAGAUAAAUGAAUACUAUUUAAUAGUAGCUGAUCUUACUAACACAUUUUUUUCAUGAAUAAAAACGAUACUAUAUUUAUAUAUUUAGCUUGGAUACGGAUCCGAGAAGACUUGAAUUGAAAUGAACAUUAUUAAUAAUAAGGUUUUAUCGAUAUUUGCAUUUUUAUCUUCUACAGAUUCGCAUCCAAGCGUUUAUUUAGUCACCUUCAGUUCAGUUAAAAUAAUUCCUGUUGGCCUGUAAUCUCUCUCGUUCAAAAU